GCUCCCCGAGACGUUCUCGCCCUUCCCCGCUGGGUCCCGGCUUUGUCCCUUCGAGGGGCGCGGGGGUGGCGGUGCGGGGACAGCGGGGGUCGGUCCCGGCCCUCGGGACCCUCUGAGCUCCUCGCCCGAGGCUCUGAGCGUCAGCGAGAGGAAAACUGGGAAACACCGGAGAGGGAGCGGAAUUCCAGCACGGUCAUGCCCGGGGCGGCGUCCCGCACAUCCCCGGGGGCCUGUCCCUGUCCCGGUCCCGGUCCCGGUCCCGGUCCCUGUCCCUGUCCCUGUCCCUGUCCCUGUCCCCGUCCCCAGGGACAGAAGCCGGAGCUGGCAGCCGUGUCCCGCCCUGUCCCUGCCACCCCGCGGCCACCAGCAUUUCUCAUCUGACGGCCUCGGGGGUGACACUCACCCUGUCACCGCCGAUGGCAGCGCCCAGGGGGACACGGGCACACCUUGAGGCCACCAAGACGCUGCCUGCAGCCCGUGCCACGCUGCUGGUGGUGCUGAUAAUGAAUCAGCUCCUGAAAACGGAGCGCCCCAGGGUGAGGGGGGAUGCCUGGGGUGGGAGAGCACCAGGAGCUGCAGGGAAGGGCAGGAUUUCACCAGGCUGGCCUUGCUCAGGAGCGUGACCACACCGAUCUGAUUUGGAUUAGAUUUCAGCAAGAAAUCCUUCCCUGUGCGGGUGGGGCACAGAGAAGCUGUGCCUGCCCCAUCCCUGCAACGUGGGACAGCGGGAGGUGUCCUUGCCCACGGCAGGGAGUGGGAACAAGAUGAGUUUUAAUUCCCCUUCCAACAAAAACCAUUCCAUGGUUCUGUGAUCCGGCUGAGAGGGGACAGCAGCACGCACAGGGGCUGGAGCAGCAGCAGGAUGAAGUUUGAGCGUGUCACUGCUCCCCUGGGCUCUGCUGACCCACGUCAGGCUGAACCACACUGAGGAGAUCCUAAUCCCCAAUUAGGGUGUUUGUGUCGACUUUCUGCUGCCGGCUCUGACUUCCCAGUCAUUAGCCUCCAAAAAUUAAAAAAAAAAAAUUCCGUUUUUCAUCUUUCCCCUCCUCUUGUGGCAGCAGAACCAGUUUGAAAAAUAUUUUUUGCACAGAGUAAUUUUUGCACAAAGUGACAGGGGCAUUGUCUAAAUAAUCACAGCGAGAGAGGGGGGGAGUAUCGGUUACACCGCGAGGAGAGCUCCCGUCAGAGGGGCGAGGGAAGCAGAGGAGGAAGGUGAAGAGAAAUCCCUGGAGGAGAAGGAAAUUCCAGAGCUCCCUAAAGCACCAGCACAUGGUGGAGGGCCCCAGAAAGCUCCCGGAGAGCUGCAGCAUGCAGGGUCCCCAGCUGGGUGAUUCAUUUCCCCUUGCAGGGCCGGGAUGAUCGCAGGACACCGGGAUUGUCCUGGGGACAGCAGCUCCCACAGGAGCUCAGCUCUCACCAGGCCCAGGGGAGGCUCUGCCACAUCCCUGCCCCGUGCCUGAUCCCCGGGAAGUGAAACCCAAAAUAAAGAAGUUAUCUGCUGCCAGCAUCGCGGGCUUGAGCAGCCGCGGGAGCUCCGUGCCUCGGGCCGUGCUCAUCCGUCCCCUGCCCCCAUCUCCGUGCCCUGGCGGGGACGCGGAGCCCUGGCUGCUCCCUCAUUACUCAUUACUCAUUAAUUACUCCCGGCAGGCGGCCGGGACAAGGUCCUCCCGCAUCCCCCGGAGCCCCGCGGGUGCCGCUUCCCACCCCGGGCAGGAGCUGCGGGCCCCAAACCCCCCGUGAGGGGAGCGGCCCCUGCUCGCUGCUUCUCGCCCCAGGGCAUGGAAAAAGCCAGCGCGGAGCCCGGGCCGCGGUGACCCCGCUGGAGAUCGUUGGGACACGCGGGCUGUGGCGCUGAAAAUCAGCUCGGCUGUAAAAAUGGGGUUUAAGGGAGUGCCUGGACCAUGAAUGCCGUGGGGAGAGGGAGGGACUGAUGUCCAGGUGCCGGGCACAUGGGAUGGGAUGAAUAAAGAGCAGUGGUUCCUCCCUUCCCAGCUCCCUCAUGCUGGGAGGGACAGCUCUGUCACAGCCCAGGAGCAUCACCCGUGUCGUGGUGACAGGGACAGGCCACACGAGGCAUCUCCCGCUGCUGUGUGAACAUCCCGAACCUUUCCUGGAAGAGAGCAGCCUGUGGGGAUGUCAGCACAGCCUCGGUGCCAUGGGGGGUGUCACAGACACCUCAGAGCUGCCCCCAGGGUUGGCACAGGCGUGACAGGGCUGACACGAGUCGGGUGUGAACCCCCCGGGUGUGACACCCCGGGGUGCUGGGGGAGAUGUCAGGACAGGCAGCCUUGGGACAGAGGUUUAAUCCCAAUAUCUGGGCUGGGCAAUGGAGGAGUGGGAUGUGGGAGCAGACACACUCCAAGGAUCCCCUCAGCUGGAACCGUCCCUGCUCCCCGGGCCGUGUCUCCCUCAGGAGCUGCUGGGAUGUUUCCUCACCCCCUCCCCGCAGGCAAAGCGGGACCCAGCACCCAGAUAAGCGGGAGCCGCUGGCGCCUGUGGCACCGGGACACGCUCUGGCCCUGCUCCCGUGGAGAUCCCAAGGUCCCUGCGGGGCAGACGGCGCCUUCGGGCUCCCCUUUCAUCCCUGCCCCAGCUGGGCACACGCCCACGUUUCAUUCUUCUUCCUCCUCCUCCUCCUCUUCCAUCCCUGCUAGGCAACCUCUCUUCCCUCUCCAGAGUCACCCCAGCUCUCAGCUGGGCAAACUGAGGCAGGAGGCGAAGCAAACCAGGCAAUUCCCAAGGGGACAAAGGGGACCCUCAAACCUGGGUGACUCCCCCCACGUGCAGCUGGGGAGUCACCCAGGGGCCCGGCCGGGGCCACCCUGCCAGGCCAGGGCAGGGCAGGAGCGGGCACACGGUGCCGCUGCCCUCGGAGCCGGGAUCCUUCCCCGGGAGCGCUCCCAGCUCCAGGAUGAAUCACACUUUCCUUUCCCCUGGGAUCAGAUUGCAGCUCCUACGCCGGAGGGGCCGGACCUGGCACCGCUGUCCCUGGCGCGGCCGGACCCCCGCGCCCUCGGCAAACAGAGCGGGCGCGGAGGGCACGGAGCGCUGCGGGAUCGCAGCUCCUAAAUCCCAUCCACGCCCCUAAAUCCCAUCCACGCCGGAAUUCCUGCAGUCGGGCCGGUGCUCCCAGCCUGUCCCUGGAAUUCCUGCAGUCGGGCCGGUGCUUCCAGCCUGUCCCUGAAGACGGUGUGGGCACAGCUGCCGUGGCAGUGCCAGGCUGGUGGCGGCGGUGCCACGGUGGCGACGCCGCUCUGCCUGCUGUGUCCCUGCCCUCGGGGCAGAGCUGCUGUGCGUGACGAGAAGGAAAAAUCCGCCAGGAAGGGAAACGCGGAGCAGCAGAGAGGGGGUGAGGAGCCCCACGGCUGCUCCCUGCUCCCCACGGUCCCUCCACACAGAGCUGCUGCCGCUCAUCCCAGCAGCAAAAUCUCAAACCCUGCGUGUCUCCAGCUCCCUCCUGCCUCUUUCCUCGCCUCUGGCAGUGCCGGUAACACCCCUCCGGCUCUGUUUACCGGAGCAAAGUCCACUCUGCUCGCUGCCGGCGAAGUCUCCUUGCACAGCCCGGCCCAGCUGUGCCCGCGGCCCCUCGGGCUGUGCCGGGACAGCGGAGCCCGCGGUUGCCUGGUUAUAUCCACAAAACAUCCCCGUGCCGGGGCCCGGGCCCGGGUAUCGCUUACGGGGAACAGCUGAGCCUCCUCACUCCCCACCCUGCCCUUGGCAGCUCAGCACACACAGCUCAGGCUGUCACUGUCCCCUCCGAGGGGACAUUGUCACUGUCCCCUCCGGGCCCUCCUCACUCCUCACCCUGCCCUUGGCAGCUCAGCACACACAGCCCAGGCUGUCACUGUCCCCUCCGAGGGGACAUUGUCAUUGUCCCCUCCGAGGGGACAUUGUCAUUGUCCCCUCCGGGCCUACGAGGGGUGUUGGACCCAGCCCUGGUGAUCUGCAGGUUUCUCCCCUUGGCAGCUCUGGAUGGAUAUUUAUACACCCAACUUGUGCGAAUUAACAGCAUUCCUCUCCGACUGAGUCAAAAAUAGCUUCAUGAGGAAAAAAAAGAGGGAGAAAAAGAAGGUGUGUCACGCUGAAAAAAGCAACGGGAUCCAAAAAAAGAGGAAAAAAAAACCCCACUCAAAUCUCCC